AGAAUCACUGAGAGCAGAGGAAGUUUUGCUAACGAGUGGAACAACACAAAGCCAUGUUCCCUGGAAUAGAUCUAAGGAGAUGGUUUCAACAGAGCUAGAAGAUUUUGAGAAUGGUUUUGCAACAGCAGUGUCUUCUGCAAAGAGCCAAGAUAUCGAGAGACAAAAUGGGACAACAGAAAAUAAUAAUGAUGUUACUCCUGUAACAAACAUGCUAAGGACAACACCAUCUGGACCAAUCAUACGAGACAUUCAUACUUCUAAUAACAGGUCAAUUGAAUUCAGUAAUCAAAGCUCUGCCACACAAUCAAACAACCAAUCAAACCUUUCUCCAGAUGACUUUUUAAUAUAUAAAAUUUUUGAUUUGGGUCGAAAAAUUGCCGUUCCUCUUUCCUUUAUAUUAGGUGUACCAGGAAAUAUUUUGAACAUAAUAAUUUUGCGAAAGCAGAAUUUAGAAAGCUCAACACCAUCCUCAAUGAAUAUCAUCUUGAUUUGUCUUGCAGUAUCUGACAUAGUCAUUCUCGUCGUUGGCACUCCCAGGUAUUUGCUUGCACAUCUUCUAAACUAUGACUACACAGACCAUUUCACUUGGGGAUGCAGAAUGUUUAAAUUUCUUAACUACACAUUCUCCGACCUCUCCUGUUGGCUUGUAAUGUUGAUUGCAUUUGAAAGAUCGAUUGCAACUGGUUGGCCACAUAAGGUAAAGAUUUGGUGCAGUCAUUGUAAGACAAUUGUUAUGAUUAUCUUCUUGGUAUUAUUCCUUGCAUGUGCAAACAGUCAUUUCCUCUAUUGUUUUGGAAUCAUACCGCUUAUGACGAAUCAUACUGAACAAUCCCAGGAUUGUGGUGUUUCUAACGAAAGCUGUUACUAUUAUUCUCUCUACAUUUUCCCUUGGGUUGACUUUGCCCUGUUUGCUUGUAUCCCUGGUUUCUUUGUUGUUUUUGGAAAUGUGUUUGUUCUUCAGCAGGUCUACUCUGCAGCACACAACCGCAAACACACACUUAGCUUCAGAGUCACUCAAAAAGCAAAGGGUGUCACAAAGAUGACAAUUGUGAUGUUUGCAAUAAGCUUUUUCCUGUUACUUAGUGUAAUACCUACCAUAGCUUACCAGUUUUGUUACUCAGCAUUUAAUGAUGAUCUCGAUGACCUUGAUAAAUAUGUUACGGUUAAGGUUAUUGGGAAUUUUAGCAUUAGUGUGUAUUACAUGAACACUGUGAUCAACUUUGUACUGUACAUCAUUUGCUCUCAGCGGUUUAAAGAUGGUUUUAAAUCUCUUUUUUCUUGUUCAGGCCCUAGAGCUACACGACACCAUGGCUGUUAGUGAUCAGUAAUGAAAUUACCGUAAACUUUGACCAUGGUCAGCAAUGGUAUUUUACCAUGGUAUGCCAUGUCUGACUUAAUAUUUCAUGGUCAAGUGUGGCCAUCAAAUACCACUAUAGCAUUGCCAUUUUCAUGACAGUCUUUGAUCAUGGUAUUAUCAUGGCGAUUUCCAUUUUCAAUUAUGAUAGAAUCUUCUCAAUUUCUUGUUGAGAUCAAAUGUUCAAUGCAUGGAGAAAUUAUGGCAUACUUCUAUAGUAGCAGUGACAAGGAUGUUGAGAGAUUUUGGAAUUUUUCAUAUUUAAUAUGUGAAUACUUAGAAGCAUAGAACACUGUCUUAUGACACUCUGGCCAGUAGGUGGCCAUUUUGAGAAAUGGCAGCCAUUUUUAAGUGUGUUAUUUUACGAUUUUCACUAUCACUGGAAAAGUAGAGUGGACUGAUUUAGUAAAUAAAUAUGUAAAUACUUGAAGGAAAAUCACUGAUUAAUGACAAUUUGGCGAAUAAGUGACCGUUUUAAAAAGUUGUGUCCAUUGUAAUGUGUGUUAUUUUAUUAUACUUAUAUAAUAUGUGAACUGAUGAAUUUGUAUAAGCAACAAAUGACCUAAAUGAACCCAUAUAUGGAUGAAUUGUUGAGAUUUAAAUAUGUAUUCUGAUUAAUUUGUAUACACAACAAAUGAUCUUAAAAUGAUCUAAAUGAACCCAUAUAUGGAUGAGCUGUUGAGAUUGAAAUAUGUAUUCUGAUUAAUUUGUAUACACAACAAAUGAUCUUUAAAUGAUCUAAAUGAACCCAUAUAUGGAUGAAUUGUUGAGAUUUAAAUAUGUGAAUUGAUUAAUUUCUAUACACAGCAAAUGAUCUUUAAAGGAUCUAAAUGAACCCAUAUAUGGAUGAGCUGUUGAGAUUGAAAUAUGUGAACUGCUAAAUCUGUAUUCGCAAACAAUGGUCUUAAAAUGAUCUAAAUGAACCUAUAUAUGGAUGAACUGUUGGGAGAACUGUUGAAUUAGUAUUCAUGAUGAUCUUAAAAUGACCUAAAUGAUGACCAUAUAUGGAUGAAUUGUUUGGGGAACUGUUGGAAUUGUACAUAUGAAGAAUGAUCUUAAAAAACAAACUUACGAAACUUUUUCUGUAAUCUUCAACUGUUGUUUACAGUAUGUACUGAGAAAGCUUUGGGUUUGUGAAGUUGCUUAUU